AUGACAGAUACCUCCUCCCUCGCCAUCACGCACGCCACCACGGAUCCGUACCCGGUCCCCGCCCUCCCAGACUCUCCCGUCAAUGGUGCUAUUUCUGACUCGGGCGCGCCCGAUGAGGAAGAGCCAUACACCAUCAAAUGUAUCUGUCAGUUCAAUGAAGAUGACGGUAGCACAGUAUUCUGCGAGCGCUGCGAGACAUGGCAGCACAUUGUCUGCUACUAUCCAGACAAGCGAGUACCGGAUGUGCACAACUGCAUCGAAUGUGAGCCGCGUCAGUUGGACAGCCGUCGCGCUGCUGACCGACAACGCCAACGACGGAUCCGGGAGCAGAGCGAGGAUGGGGACCGUAGGAAACGAUCCAGUGCAAAGGCAACGAAGAAAAAACCCAAGGACGGCGACAUGAAUGGAUUUAGUCAUCAGCGCAGCGAGUCUGGCGCCCGAGAUCAACCUCCAGCAAAGAAGACGAAAACGACCCACCGAUCCUCUACCUCUAUCAGUGCCCUCUCAGGCGCUCCUCAUCUCCCCACACAGUCUCGUAAACGACGCUCCUCUACCUCUAUUGCGCCGUCUCCUACAAAACUCUCUGGCCCCUCUAUUCCUCUCUACUCGAACGAAUUCCUACACCUCUACGACGGGGAUGAAAACCAUGUGGACAUGGAUAGUAAUCUAUUUGUCAAUGUCAGUCUGGUAGGCGAGUCGGCGUCGUGGGUCAAGAAUCCCGAUGCCUUGGCGCGAGUCACCAAUGGACGUCGAGCCGAAGACACAUUCAUUCGGUCCGACGCUGCACUAGAUCGCUCUCGUUGGCCCGCUCUCAUCACUGACACCAUUACCGACCCAAAUAUCGAAAUCAGUGGCCGACACCCCACAUGGAAGAUUGUGAAGACUCAAGAUACUGUGCGAAAAGACGAAGUUGUUGGUGAAAUCACAGGCAAGGUUGGCAUUUUUGACGACUAUUGCCUCGAUCCCAACAACAGAUGGUCUGAACUACGCCACCCCGAGCCUUUCGUGUUCUUCAGUUCUCACCUACCACUCUAUAUCGAUGGCCGAUAUGAAGGUAGUAUGCUCCGUUAUACUCGUCGAUCUUGUCGUCCAAAUGUCACCAUGAAGAUCUUUAUCACCAACGAUGUAGAGUAUCACUUCUGCUUUGUUGCCAAAGAAGACAUCCCCGCAGGCUCGGAGAUUACUAUUAUGUGGUAUUUAGAUGCACAGUUGUCUGAGUCAUCUAAUGGAUUUGUUAAGCAAGAAUCUGGGGAUAGUGCGACAGAUGCUGCAGCCGUGUGCAUCAGCAACACUCUUGCGAACUUUGGUGGAUGUGCCUGUGAGCACCCGCAGAAUUGCCUGCUUGCGAACAUUGAUCGCCGUCGGCAUCCAAAAUCGCUUGAUACCCCUAAGCAGAUCAAUGGGAAGCGGAAGAAGGCCAACACCAAACCGGGUAAAUCUCCGUUGGAUGCGCGCCGUGGCUCGACUAGUCGUGCCGGAAGUGAAACGACUAAGCAUACUGAGGAUGAUGAUGCGGCUGUAGAUAGUCGCUCAACAUCAGGCUCUGUGCGAAAAUCUCUCAGUCGUGAUAUUAGUCCAACUGCUUCUAAUUCGGGACUUACUGGUCUUGGAAUGUCAAGUCGUGAGCGUCGCAAGAUUGCUGACGCUGAGAAACAAUUCCAGGCCCUGGAAAACGAUCAACGUACCACGGCCCAAAAGAAGAAAAAGCGCACUAGUGCUCCCUCUGCGCAAUCUCCUGCGCCCCUCGCCAACGCAACAUCAUCGCAAACUUCAUUCUUCGCAUCACAACGCGGAUCCAACAAAAUGCUUCCCAACAAUAAUACAACCGGCGAUCAGCCUCAGUCUCCCACUACGAGCCUGUCACCGGGUUCGUUGCCUGCUACUCGUGCUCCAACCUCCUCUCGUGGUAGAGGGCCAAGUACACCCCGCCUUCGCGGCUACCGACCUAAUUAUGUUGAUUUGGCAAUUCAAUGUAAUCGCGAUUUUGAGGACCUUCCUGCUAUCUACCACCGUCAAGAGCCUCGUUGGGUCCAUCCCAAGGUGAGAAUGCUGGAGCGUUACUUUGCAGACUGUCGGCGCCACAGAGAGAAGCAGGAGCGGGAGGAGCGGGAGGCCAGGGAGCAAUUAGAAUCUGCUGGUUCUGAUAGCGUCAACGCAGGGGAAUCGGUAUCCCCUCUGACUCAGUCGCCAAACGUUGCGAUGACUGCGGAUGCGGACGCGGAUACUUCUCAGACUACUGCUCUUAUGCCAUCGGCUACUGUAGGUAAUCCUGAGUCCGAUAUCCAUCACCCCGAUCAGCACCCAAGCAAGCCUCCGCUUUCCCCUCAUUGGCCAUCCACUGCAGCCCACAUCACCAAGCUUCCGGGUUCGACUACUCCCAUCAACCAUGGAAAUCUGCGUGUUUCCAUGCCUCCCCCCAGCGUUCCUGCCAUCCCUUUUGCAGUCAGCCCUGGAUCUGCAUCCACCGCUAGUCUCGCUUCUCCCUCGACCGUCGAGGCAUCUUCGCCCCGUUCUGUACAAAUUCCUGCUGCCCCCGCUGCCGCUGCUGCCGCCGCUCCUCCUGCGGCGAAUCCACCUGCCACCUCUGGACCAGAUUAUGCAGCAAGUGCCGACGAUACGCAGGCUUCCGUCAAUCUAGCACUGGACAACAACGCCUUAAACACCAGGGCUGAGGCUUCCCAGGUUGAGAUCUCGCAGCCCAGUGAUAUCGCCAUGAAAGAUGCCUCCGAUUCGGCAGAGCCUCACGACCCCUCGACUCAGUGA